AUGCCAUCUUAUUCCAAGUUCCUCAAAGACAUUUUAUCAAAGAAGAGAAGGCUAGAAGACUAUGAGACUGUUGCUUUUACAGAGGAAUGCAGUUCAAUAUUGCAGAACAAGCUGCCACCAAAACUUAAAGAUCCAGGAAGCUUCGCCAUACCUUGUCUUAUCGGUAACAUGAAUAUAGACAAAACUCUCUAUGAUCUAGGUGCAAAAAACAUCCCUACUAAGGUGGGAAAAUUCUUUAUCCCAGUUGAUUUUGUUGUACUGGAAAUGGAGGAGGACAUCCAAAUCCCUAUAAUCUUGGGAAGACCUUUUCUAGCAACUGCUGGAGCUGUCAUAGAUGUUAAGAAUAGACUGCGAACUCUCAAGGUAGGAGAUGAAAAAGUGGAAUUCAACCUAUUCAACGCAAUGAAACACAAACUUGAACCUGAUGAAUGUUUCAAGGUUGAUAUAAUUGAUAAGAAAGUUGAAGAGGAAUUCAUUAAAGCACACUUUGAAGAUCCUCUAGGAGCAUCCAUCAUGCACAGCCACACAGCAGAGAAGGAGAACACGGAGAUUGCAGCUUAUGCAUAUUCCUUGACAGCUAAUCCAUCCCCACUAUUGGCUCAAGUUUUCACUAUAGAAGAGUUAAAGGAGGAUCAAUCCAAAGGCAAGCUUCAGGAAAACACUAAAUAG